ACCAGGUUCCUCUGUCCGGGUUCUACUGUGAGCUGUAGACCCGAGCAGCUCCUGAGUCCUGCGGUCACAGUCGCUCCAGGAGGCGCAGCGGACUCCCUGGAAACCUUCCCGACCCCGCAGUAUGUAAAACUGGCAAAGAGGCCCACGUUUCCUGACAUUCGCUCCAAUCUAUCUCCAUCCUGAAAACUGAUCCUUAAAACAAACUUUCAGAUGAUUUUCCUGUCUGUUAAACCUACAACAUGGCAAACAUCUGAAAUCACUACUCCUGGCAGAUGCUCCUGCUUUACUUCGUGGCUAAAUGUUACAAAAUCACCUUCAUAUUUAGCACAAGUAUAAUGGUGCAAAUGUGUCUGCAGUUAAAAGUUUGUAGACCUUAAUGAGCAGCUGCAGCUGCUGAAUGGCAGGAAACAUGGUCCCAACCAGAGAGCUGUCAGCUAAAUCCAAAGUUCCUCGUUAUGGAAAUCAUCAGCAGCAGAGGUUGGCUCUUCCCUGGCUCUGCAAGCACAACCAAAAAGAAGUUAUAAUUAAAGUUACAAACAUUCUGGGAAAACAAAGCCAACAGCAAUAAUACAAUUAACUAACACAAACAUCUUUUUAGUCUCAAAUGUUACAGAUUAUCAAACCAACAUUUCUGUCUUAUAUAAACUGAGUAAAUACUAAAACUACCUUCAUUAUGAUGGUUUCAUUUAUUAAAGAUAAAGGCUAUCCAAACCACCCAGACCCCAUAUUUAAAUGUGAUUCAGUAGAGCUAAGUUCAGUUUCACUGCCACAAUAAUUACUGUCAUACCUAUAGAAUCAAGAAAUCUGACGCAAAGUAGGAUAAAAGAUAUAGUAUCACAUGAUACAAUUUAUUUUCCCCUCAACAUUGUUUGAAAUUUUGUUUAUUUUUUCCUCUGCUUGAUCUGAAAAUGGGAUUUACUGCAGGUUACAACAUUGUGUUAAAAUGUCAAAAUAUUCAGCUGGUAAAUAAUGUAGUCUUGUGUCAAACCUGGGGUCUGAGCAUCCAUUCUCAGUAGUAAUUCCUGCCAGGAGCAGUAGAAACAAUCACUAUUUAUUUAGAUUCUGUGACUUACACUCAGGCCCAUGGGCCAAAUUUGGCCCACAAUAUAAUUAUAUUUGGGCUGUGAGAUAUAUUCAUCUAUUAGAGCUGGCCAGCCUGUGGACAGAACAUGCACAGCUAAUAUCACAAAUCCCAGAAUGCCCUGCUAGUAUGAGAAUGUCAUUGAGGACCAACAAGCCCACUUCUUUGUUGACAUUCCUCAGUAGACUACAUGCUACUACCGGUCACUCUGGGCCACCCUUCCCAUAAAUAUCCAACCAGAAGCUGUCUGGACUGGUAGGAAGCAGAACAUCUGGUCAUAAAGGUGAAGGACAGAUCUGUUUGUCUUGUAUGUGGAGCCAAAGCGGCACUAUCCAAAGAAUCUAACAUAUAACAUUGUUUCAGUAGAUAUCAAGGUCAGCCUGCGACUUUGACUAGGUCUUGGAUUUUGACCCACUGUGUAUUUGAGUUGAUUUAGAUGAAAAGAUGGACUGAUAAUCUACUCUGACAGGUGUUAUCAGAGACUGUGUGUGUUUUCAUUUUUAAUGCGUUUGUGCAGUUUCUGGGUGUAGUUUUUGCAUUCACAAGGAAUCCUUUUAGUUAGUUUAGAAAAUGUAUUGAGAAUAAAGAUAACCUUUUUCUGACUUCUCCAGGAUGUGGAGGAAGACUGUUCUUUAACUUAACAAAGCUAAGAUCUGUUAUCGUGAGGAAGGAGAUGGUGGCAUUUUGUUUGGGGUGUUGGGGAUGCUUUAAAAAGCAAUCUGGUCCUCAAAUAACCAAAGCAAGAUAUGUCUCUGCAUUCUAAACAGGAAGUAAAGCUUGUUCCCAGUGUGGAUUGGACUCCUCCGGGUCUGUCCCUUGUCUCUUAUCCUGUUUGUGGUGUUCAUUGACAGGAUUUUAAGGCAUAGUUGUGGAGAUGAGGGUUUCUGGUUUGGGAAUUUCAAGAAAACAUAUUUGCUGUUUGCAGAUGAUGUGGUUCUGCUGGCUUCUUCAGGCCAUGACCUUCAGCCUACGCUGGAGCGGUUUUCAGCUGGGUGUGAACUGGCCGAGACAGGAUGUUUGUACACAGGAUAUUGUGUGGCCGUCCUGCUCUGCAGCUCCACAGAAUGUUUUCAUCCAAAUCUUUGCCUACUCUCACUCUGUUCACAAAGGAUCCAUGUCCGUUGUGUGAUGAAGCUAAAGAACUGCUGCAGCCAUUCAAACACAGGUUCAUCCUGCAGCAGGUGGACAUCAGUCUCCCAGAAAACCGACAGUGGUGGGACAAGUACAAGUGGGACAUACCAGUGUUCCACCUGAAUGGGCAGUUUCUGAUGAAACAUGGAGUGGAUGCCGCACUGCUGGACAAACUGCUUCAAGAUAUUGAGAAUCAAAACACAUCAUGAGCAUAUUUUUUAUUAAAUUAUUUAAGAUAUCUGUCAAUAAAGACAACUUUCCCAAUUAA